AUUAUCAAGACCUUCUUCAAAUUGGUUUUCAUAAAACUUUACUACGAGAGCCUAGUAACAUGGUUGUUUCAACUUUAAGCAUGACCCCGUAUUUUGCCGGAUAUCCAUUUCAAGGACAAGGACGUAUCAAUCAAUUGGGUGGCGUGUUCAUAAAUGGUCGGCCUUUACCCAAUCAUACGCGGCGACAAAUUGUCCAAAUGGCAGCGAACGGUGUCCGUCCUUGUGUCAUUUCUCGAAAUCUACGGGUUUCGCACGGCUGUGUUUCCAAAAUUUUAAACCGCUAUCAAGAAACCGGUUCUAUUCGUCCUGGUGUGAUUGGAGGUAGUAAGCCACGCGUUGCAACUCCCGACAUAGAGGCUAAAAUCGAAGAGUUGAAACAAAGCAAUCCGGGAAUUUUCAGCUGGGAAAUACGGACUAAACUCAUAGAAGAGGGAGUAUGCGAUAAGAAUACCGCGCCCUCGGUUAGUUCUAUUUCUCGUUUGUUACGCGGCGGUACGCGCUCAGAUUCGGUAGGCAACGGUCACUCGAUAGACGGUAUACUUUCCGGUGUUUCCGGCGCAUCAGGAGACGACAGUGAUGAUGAUACGGAACCUGGUGUUCAAUUGAAACGUAAACAACGUCGUUCGCGUACUACUUUCAACAAUGAACAAAUCGAUGCCUUGGAAAGAGUAUUUGCUCGCACUCAAUAUCCUGAUGUUUAUACGCGUGAAGAGUUGGCUCAAACAACAGGCUUGACAGAGGCGCGUGUUCAAGUGUGGUUUUCAAAUAGGCGGGCACGUUUGCGCAAACAAUUGAACACUCAACAAGUGGGAACAUUUGGCUCGACAGUGGCCCAAUAUCCAUCGAUUGGACAUCAUCAACCGAUGAGUUUGUACCCUCAGUCUAAUAGCUGGGCAAGCGGUUUAACGGCGGCGCAACCCAACAAUAGCUAUGAGACUAACAACAACCCAAACGUUACCUAUGUCCACUCUUCAAACUCAGCAGCAUCAAUGUCACCAAAUAGUAGCAGCAGCACGGCAUCGUUAAGUCCCAGUCACACUAACCCUAAUAAUAACACCGCUUCCGGUUUGAUAACAAAUUCCCAACCAACUUAUCUCUCAUCGACCGGCUAUUCCCAAGCUACACUUGGCAAUCCGAACAAUAACACCUUCUCUUCGGCAAUUUAUGGCAUGUCUUCGUCGGCUGAUCAGUUGCGUUCUCAAUUUGCAUCGGCCGCCGCGGCAGGUUCUCAUCAUCACCAUCACCAUCAUCAUACGUCUCCUCUUCAAAGUGCUCAUCAUCAUCAUCACGCCUCGUCUUGGGAUUCGUACAACUUUGCCGCGAGCUCUUUUGGUUUCCCAUCAUCCGGUCCGACAAAUGUCAUGAAUUCUUAUCAUCCACAAACCGUAACAGAUAGCAAAAACUCUACUACUACGGCUGUUGCUGCGGCUGCUGCUGCUGCUGCCGCGUCUACUGGCACUGCAUCGUAUCCCUACUUUGGUUUUUAA